AUGGCUGCUGUUGAAGGAGUCCAAGAAAAGUACGCAUUGAUUACUCGCCGGUUGGAGCUUCAAUCCGGCUUUUCUGGGCAGGAAUUGCGAACUCUACUGCUAGAGAAGAAAAAUCUCAGAUUUCAAUGGCCGACUGCCCCAACUGGAAAACCACAUAUUGGUUAUUUUAUACCAUGGGUCAAGUUUGCAGACUUUAUACGUGCUGGAGGGGAGGUAAUAGUUGAUAUUGUCGACAUCUAUGCCUAUCUAGUCAAUUACAUACACUCUUGGGAAGAGGUCCUGCAUCGCACGACGUAUUAUAGAUGCCUAGUAACUGCUGCUUUGAAGGCAAUGGGAAUUCCUUUGUCCCGGGUGAAACUCCCCCAGAGUUCUACUUACCAGAAUUCCGAAAGUUUCUCCCAUGACCUCUGGAGAAUCUUAGCUCUGAGUACCCUGAAUGAUGUUCGAGAGACUGGAGACGAACUCGGAGGCACAACUAUGUUGAGUCCCUUGCUCACUCCCUUGCUGCAGGCAUUGUCGGAGGAAUACUAUGAUAUUGACGUCCAGUUUGGUGGCAAGGACCAGCGAGGUUUGUUUAAUCUCAAUGAACGAGUAAUGCCACAACUUGGCUACCGGAAGCGUAUCCAUUUACUAAAUGAUGUACUUCCUGGGCUUACUGGGGCAAAAAUGUCAUCAUCACAUGCACAACAUACGAAGAUCAUGUUUUUGGAUGAUCCAGAAACGGUGAAUUCAAAACUAGAGUCCGCAGUGUGUAUUGAGGGGGUUGCUGAAGGCAAUGGCAUCUUAGGGAUCUUAGAGCAUAUUCUCUUCCCUGUGAGCGAAAUUCGCCAGCUCAAGCUUCCUGCGGUAUUUGGUUGCGACUCAGCUAAUCGCACCGCUGUGGACAAGCCAAUAUCAUUUUGUGCUCCAGGUUGCCCACAAGGGACCUUGCUCAGUGUCCGUAUUACAUUCAAUACGGAUGGAAAUCAAGAGACAUACAGACACUACAAGUCAUACAAAGAACUGGAGGAGGAUUAUGUGGCGAAGAAAGUUUAUCCUAACGCCCUGAAGCUGGCUGUUGCUGAGGGAUUGAAUGCCUUACUCGGAGCAAUUCGCCGGGAAUACGAAAGCAAUAAGGAAUGGCAGGAGGCUGAUCGGUUAGGGUAUCCUGAAGAUUGGUUAGACGCGCCAAAAGCAGAACUCUAG